AUCUACCCUUCGAUCAGCGACUUAGCGACAACAACGUGGAUGGCUACACAGGACUCGCCCAAAAAUAAUAAUCUCGCUCGCUCCAGCGCUUAAACGAUCGCACGAAUUAGGUCGAUCGGUUUUCCUCCCACAAGCUCUGGAAGUACAGGUACUUAGAAACCGAGGAGCUUGAAUGUCCCCGCAAUAUCAGACCCGAGUCCAUUCGUCGUCACCAUUUCCACCACCGAUACUGUCACCGUCUUGAGCCACCCAAGAUGGUCGUCCGAACGAAUUCCCUCAAAUCCCUUAAGAAUUUCCUCCCACAGCUCCACCAACCCUUGCCUCUAAAUAAACGCGAAUCGCGACAACUUCUCGAAUCGAUCACGGCCUCCUUCCGAAAGAACCUUGACGAAGAACACCCGUGGGGGAGCAGUAAGGAUGAAUCAGUUUCGCGGAAUACCACACGCCUGAAACAAGAUUCUCCUCUUCUCAAGUCAACCUCUACCUCUUCAAAUCGACCAACUGAAAAGCAUCUUCAUGCAAUCCUCUCUCAUCCGCUCUUUACCCACCAAGAGCGCCCAAAACCAGCAGCCGCUCUCGACCCAUUCCAUGUCUUCGAUACCGCGGUUUCGAGGGGUCUUAUGACCCCACGGCGCGCUGCCGGCUUCCUCUCCAAGGUCCGAACGCAGAUUAAAGCUGAAAAUCCCGACACUGAACAGGAAGCCAUGGCGAAAUCUGGUGCCGGGCUUCGGGUGGUGCAGUGGAUGCGAACGUCCGGCUUAGAAAGUAACAUGCAGUCUUUUUCCAAUGUCCCUUUAUUUUGGAAUCUCAUACCUUUCAUGUAUGCCGAGGGUUUUGAAGAGCUUGUUUGGACAUGGGUAGCGCGUCUAGGAUCGCAGAAUGAGCCUGGAAAUUGUGAGGGCAUCACCGCAACUGCUCUAUACCGCCUACUACAAGCUAUAAACAGACUAAAGGGAGAAGGUGUCAUGUCUUCCGGAACACAUAGUCUUGAUGAUGCAUACAAGGCGAUGUUAUAUGCAUAUGAUAUAUUACAGCCCGAAAAAAAUCGGAUAGCGUUUGGUAGCUACAGAAUGGCCUGGGUGAGUCUGGCCUUGUCCUCUACGCUGUUGGUCUCACGGUAUCCAAAGCCCUCGGCUCCUAUAUUUGACGCUUUCGUCGAUGUCGGACGCUCUCUCGAAGCUCCGAUGCAUAUAGCUCACCUAGAACUACACCAUCCUCUAAAACCAAAUCACUCCGCCGCCGUCCAGUUCAUGCAUCAGAAAGCCGACCAUGCCGCGCAGAUUGGGAAUAGCCCAUUUUACCGGAAGCAAUUUGUUUGCUUGGCCCUGGAUACGGCAGAUCGCCUGAAGGAGGUCGGAGAUGUCGAAGAGGUUUCCUGGAUCGAACGACUCCUUACGAAGCUAGGUAACGACCUAAAUUCCAGCAUUUCUAAUAUUCUCAACACACAAACCGAUAGCUCCGCAGAAUCUCGCUUGCGUACGUGGCUUACGGUAUAAUCAUCAAACUGCAACAUGAAAACAGCUAUGGAGUCGGGCAGGUUUAUGUAUCACAGGAAAGGAUAUGAUAUCCGGGUUGGAUCGGCGUUUAGGAGAUCUUCAUUAUCUAACUCAUGCAAUGAGAACAUGAACGUAUAUUUUUAUCAAAAUGAAUAUACCAGACUAUUAUUAUAUUUCUUACCAUACCCAAUUACGUAUCAAGAC